AUGCCCAAACCAUCCUUAGUCCCCGGGUCCCUCGCAGACCUCCAAGCCCUCUGUGCCUCAUGCGGUCUCCCCAAAUCCGGAACCAAGCCCGUCCUCUCCCGGCGCCUGCGCCUCGCCGCACGCCAAUUCCGCCCCGUGCCCUCAACAGCCCGGAUCCUGAGCAUCGACCUCGGCCUGAGGAACUUUGCCUUUAGCCUCCUCACCCCAGCCCAUCCACCGUUACCAUCACCACCACCAUCCCAACAACAACCAUCAGCAACAACCGCCCCUUGGAUCCCCGUGCACCUCCACGCCUGGCACCGCCUGGACCUGACCUCCCCAGCUCUCUUCACCAGCAUCACCACCAACACCACCACCAACAUCCCCGCCGCCGCCGCCGCCACCUUGCAAUCAGACGCAGCAGAAAAUGCAGGGGAAGUGGCGGUUGAAAAAGACGCAGACGCAGACGCCUUCUCCCCAACCGCCAUGGCCUCUCUAACCCUCCACCUAGUUCAAACCCACCUGCUCCCUCUCAACCCAACACACAUCCUCAUCGAGCGGCAGCGGUACCGCACGGGGGGCGGCGCGGCCGUGUACGAGUGGACGCUGCGCGUUAAUACCCUCGAGGCCAUGCUCCACGCCGUGUUUGCCGCGCUUGGCGGGGAAGGGAGAGUGUACCCCGUCGUGCCCAAGGCCGUGACAGGGUUUUUGUUCCCCCCUCCGAGUCUUGGUGAUGCUACUGCUGCUGCUGCUGCGCCGGACGGCGUUGUUCAGGGCGAGGGAAGUGAAAGCGAGGGUGUGAUGGGGAUGGGGAUGGGAAAGGGGAGGAAAAGUGCGGCGGCGUCGUACCGGUUGUUGAAAAGUGGUAAGGUGGAGUUGUUGGCUCGGUGGUUGGCGGCGGUUGAAGGGGAUGGGGAUGGGAAUGGGGAAGGGUUGGUCAUUCCCCAGACGGAGCAGGCGAGGGAGAUGGCAAGGGCCUUUUUGGGGGAGUUGAGGCAGGAGGAGGCACGGCGGGAGAAGAAGGGUGAAAAGGUGAAGAGGACAGCGGUUGGCAAGUUGGAUGACUUGAGUGAUUCCGUGCUGCAGGGGAUGGUGUGGCUGCAGUGGCAGAGGAAUUUGGAAGACAUGAUCAAAACUAGGCCGGAGCUGCUUGGGGAGGAGCGAUAG